UGAGCCUAUAGCCUGACCUUUGACGACACUACGAAACAUCCCUCCUGCCUUUCUAUUCUCUUUCUUCAUUGCCUUAUAUUUUUAUACAGCAUGGCAGAGGGUAAGCAUAAGUGAGGAAUUGGAUGGAGAAGAUAUUGUACAACGGGAGAAGGAGGUGGGGGAUAGAGUAUGAUUGGAAUGAGCCUGCUGGAUUAGGCCAAAAGCCUAACCAGUCCAGCACUCUUCUUCUCAGAGUGGCCAACCAGUUUCCCAGUGUACUUCAUUGCUGAGUGGGGAUUCCAACCCUUGUUUCAGUCACAGAACUGUAAAGUUGAAAGGAACCCUGAGGAUCAUCUAGUCCAACCCCCUGCAAUGCAGGAAUAUGCAGCUGUCCCAUAUGGGGAUUGUACCUGCAACCUUGGCGUUAUCCGCACCAUGCUUUAACCAACUGAGCUAUACAGCUGAAAUCCAAUGCACUAACCACUAUACCAUGCUCUCUCUCUCUCUCUCUCUGAUUGGUAAUGAAGCUGUGUGACCGCCCCAAAACCUUUACAGGUGCAAACAGCAUUGAAAGCAUGUGACUGCCUUGAUAGCAUCAGGACCACAAAUCGUCAGAAAUGUGCCGUAAAGGUUUCCUGCUGCAUUACAAGCCCCCACAGCUAGGGGAGGGAGUCAUGACAUAAAAGCAGCAAACCUGGUGGUAAUAAAGCACCUUUCUCUUCUCUGCCAAAAUUCUCCCUUCCCCAAAGCAGCUUCAACUAGAAACAACAGCUGAUUCUAAUACUUAGGUUUCUGUGUAAUGUGUAGGUUGGCUGUGAAAGCCCAGUCUUAAUCAAGAGAUUCUGGCCUUGUAAGCAGAACUUAUGAAAUGUCCAGCGUUUCACAGCAAGGAAGUGUGCCUGGGUACACAUUACCACUUCAAAGCACGGCCAGGUCAUUUUCUCGGUUUGGGAGCCAUCAAAACACAGCAUGUUGGGGUAGAUACAGGAUAAAUAUGGGAUGUGACUCACCCAGUGUGUUCACCUGUGUACUCUGCAUCCUGCGUGUUGGAUGCGGAGUACACAGGAAUAUGCGCGCAGGUUUUUUGUUGCGUAGGUUACAAACAUGUGUUAUUCUGAUAGGAGGUUCUAUAAUCCCCCCACCCCCCAAGUGCAUAGGGGCUUUUGCAGACCAGCAGCAGAGAAGCAUCAGCAAGCGCUGUAGCAUGGCAGUAUUCAGUUUCCUUCUGCAGCAAUUACUGAGAUGCAUGAACAAAAGCCACCUUCUGGAGAAACCAAACACCAGAAGUGGCAUUCAUUGGUUCCCACACAUGCACACAGCAGCUACAAUCAGAGGUGGAGUUUGUUGCCUAGGUUAUCCCAUACACCGCCAGCCGGAGGGAGGGCUGCCGACUCAACGGUUCUGCACUUCAGGAGUCCUGUUUGGCAUUCAACUGCGGCCCAUGUGUCGUGUGCAAAAGAAGGAGGGAAGCAUGAACUGCAGAGCAACCCUCGGGGAGAAGCAAUGUGGUCCCUUCUCCCCUUGUGUGUGCAGAGCCAGGUCAUCAUCGCACAAGACAGUUCAGCACAACGCCUGGCCUAACAAACGUUUUCACAACUGCAAAAGACCGCAAGGCACAAACCCCGCAGGUGUCGCUCUCAGAGGUUUGUCGGGAAAUCCUUUUGCGGUUCUUGGAGAGGACAAACACCUUUUGAGGUUUUGCAAAAAUGAGCAAGAAUAUCAAAGAACUAAGGGAAGCGCUGCAAAGGCAAACCCAAGAGACCUUGAAACUUCAGGAAGAAGCAACCAAAUUCUCAGUGGAAUCCCUCACACGUCAAGGGUGUUCCUCUCCUUCAAACCUCUUGACAAGUUCAGGCGCUACUUCUCCAUAUAGGAGCAACCUAAAUGCACCAUCUUCCAGGCUUGGCACACUGGCGGAGGGCUCCACGAGUUCUACCUGUAGUACAGCCCCUGCUGCUGCUGCUGCUGCUGCCGCCACCAGCAGCCCUCCCAAAAUUGUAUACACUAAAUAUGAAUUGGACAUUGACAUGGAGACCAGUAAAAGGCCCAAGAAAUGUCCAGGGAAAGGGAAAGAGUCCAUUGAGUCCAUCUUGGAAGAAUAUUCUCAGCAAGUCAGAGAUCUGCAGAAGAAGCUAAAUGAAGCUACAGAACAACAUGAGCAACAGAAAUUAACUUUAAGACAGACAAUAAUUGAGUUGCAGACAAACCUUCGGGAGGUAACGAGGGAAAAAGAGUCUUUAACUGAUCUCAGGCGAAAAGAGUCUCAAACCCAAGAGGAUCUCAAUUGCAAGCUGAACGCUACAAUCAAUGAGCUGCAAACAGCCAAUCACCUUCAGGAGGAGAUGCUGAAGGAAGCCAACAACCAAACAGAACAUCUGAAGAAGAUGGUACAGGGCCAUGAAGACAUCCUCCAGGAACUUCGCAAUGUCCUACUGGGCUAUGAAGAAAGUUCGGGAAAGAAGAUCUUUGAUCAGGAGAGCAUCACAAACCUUCACGUCUGCAACCUUCCCAGGGCUUUCAGUAAAGUCCUGCGAGAUCUAGAUACGGAGAUGUCCCUGCUCAAAGCGAGGCUUACUCCAAUGGAAGAGCAAGUGGACAUGGUGAGGAGAGAAUCACAGUGCAAAACUGAAGCUUUGCUUCAACAGCAACAAGAGAGUGUUGAGAGACUGAUAAGUGCACAUGAAAAGGAAUUGGAAGCUCUGAACGAAAAGCUGAACAGCUCUCGCACCCAUGCAAGCAACAUCGAAAGCCAGCUGGAGAUCAUCCAAGAACAAGCACAAAACCAGAACUCAUUGUACAUGCGACAGAUCAGUCAGCUGGAAAGCACUGUGUCCUCACUGCGUUCUGAGCUCCGAGAAUCAAGGAGGAUGUCUCAGGACAAGAUAGAAGACCUGGAGAAACAGCUUCAUUUGGUUCAUUCCGAGAUGGCCGAGGCUCAACAUGAAAGGGACCAUUAUAGCCAGGAAACUGGAAACUUGGACGAUCAGGUUCAGCAGUUGGCGAGUGAGCUUCAUAAGAAAGAUAUGGAGCUGAAUCUGGAAAAAGAGCAGAACAAGCGGCUCUGGGAUCGGGACACUGGCAGCAGCAUCACCAUCGACCACUUGCGGAGGGAACUGGACAACAAAAACAUGGAACUGCAGCGCAUGGAGGCCAUCGUGUCGUCCAUGAAGAUGGAGUCCCAGGGGCAAAUGGAACGUCAGAUGUCUGCAAUUAAGGAAAAGAAUGAAAGCAUCGAGAGGAUGGCCUCCAUGGCCUCCCAGCAAGAGUCCACCAAAGAGAUGCUCCGCAAAGCCGUCGAGGAGCUGACGGAGAAGAAGGUGAGCUUGGACGCCGCAGAGAAGCACGUGGCAGAGCUGACCUUGUGCCUGCAGGAGAAGGAGAGGGUGAUCGAGGCGACCAAUGAGGAAAUCCAGAAGCUCCGCGGGCGCGUGGACGGGAAGCUGCAGGAGCUCCAGGUGCUGAAGAGCGAGAGCGACCACAUGCGGAGCGUGCGCUCGGAUUGUGAUUCCCUGAAGCUGCAGGUGGUGGAGAAGGAGAAGGUGAUCGAGAUCCUGCGGAAGCAAGUCGAGAACAUGACUCAGAUCGUGGGCCAGCAUAGUCGGACGGCUGGGUCGAUGGAGAUGGAAAAAUGCCAGCUCGCGAAAGAAGUCAACGACAAGAAAAUGGAACUUCAAGAGCUUAAGAUUUUGCUGGACAAGAAAGACAUCCAGGUUCGUGAGCUGGAGGCCAGGCUGAGCGAGAUGGAGCUGGAGAAGGUGAAACUGAUGAACGCCAGCUCUGAGAGGCUCCGGGCACUGAAAGACGUAAGCAUGGAAAAAGAAGAGCUUAUGAGUGAAGUAAAAAGCAGCCGUAUUGAGCUCGCUACGCUCGCAGAUGAACUGGAAAGUAUGAAGAGCAGCUACCGAGAUAAAAGCGAAGAGUUGGAAACCACUGUGGGCAAGCUGAGAGUGCAACUGAAGUCCGCUCAGAUUGAACUGGAGCAAACCAGGGCCACUGUAAAGACUAUGGAGGGAUCUGAUGGCCACGGUAAUCCAAUGAAAGUUGCAAUGGGGAUGCAAAAGCAAAUCACAGCCAAGCGCGGACAGAUAGAUGCUUUGCAGAGCAAGAUUAAGUUCCUGGAGGAAGCAAUGACCAACGCAACCAAGGAGAAACAUUAUCUGAAAGAAGAGAGAAAUAAGUUAACCCAGGAAUUGAGCUGUGUGGCUUCUUUAAACAACAAAAUGGCUGGAGAGCUGGAGGUUCUUAAGUCACAGGAUAAACGGUUGAGAGAAAAACUUGCUACCAUGGAGGCAGCUCUGGAUAAAGCUUCUAUGCAGUUUGCAGAAUGUCAGUGCAUCAUGCAGCGGCAGGAGCAGGAAGCGAUGCGCUUCAAGCUUCAGCACACUUUAGAUGUAAAAGAGCUGCAAGGACCGGGGUACCUGAUGGGGUCCUCUUUGGCCAGGCCACGCCUUUCAACCUUACCUCAUUCCUACUCUUCUAGUGCACCAGCAUCCCAAGCCUUCGCUGGCCACAUCAUACCAUCCAGGGCCAGCUGCUCUGGCAAGGACGACCCAUUACGAGAUUUAAAGCAGCUUCUCCAAGAAUUGCGGUGUACCAUCGAUGAGAUCCCCUCUACCAUUCUCCCCAGAAGAGAAAGUGACAGCGAGCCCGAUUCAAUUCUGGAAGGCACAAGCAAUUUAUUGGACCUUGCAAGCAGAGACUGCAUUGGCAGGAGAUCACAUGAAACUUACAGCAGGGAAACUGCAGUCCGAGAUAUGCCUUCCGAUGUCAGCAUGGGGCAAGAUAGUUUCAGCAGGGACCCUUUAACGUUACAUGCUACAGACCUCGAAGAUUCAGAUGCUACCCUUCCCUUCACGUCCAGUGGGUCUAAAGGAAUCUUCAGUUCCACUCCUCGUUUUACAUCUUCGAAUAAACUGUCCCCAGAGGAGAGGUACAAAGACAGGUCUCCCGUGCACUCACUGUUAAUGGCUCAGCUGGAUGACCUGAAGGUAGCUCCUGCAGCCUGUUCAGAACGUCGGUCAAGUCUGAAGAAGAGCAGCUCCCCGGAAGCUACAUCCUCUUCUGCCUGUAGAAAUAUCUCCUUUGCCACCUCUUCUAUUCAGGCAGGGGAAGCCAAUGGAAACGCCUGCAGGAAAUUACAGAAUAAGAUGGAGAGUCUGCAAAACUUAGUGGAAACAUUGCAGUUGAAAAACCAAGCAAUGUCUACAAUGAUCCGAUGCCAGGAAAAGAAGAUUGAGAAGGCAAAGGAGAAGGAGAAGAAGCUGUCCAAAUGAAAUGUGGUGUGGUUCUCAAUCGCUCAGAUGUAUGUAGAUUGUGCUCUGUUAAAUGGAAUGCUAAAAGCCUACCGUUACUGUUUAAUAAUAAAAGUGGCCAUAGUUUUGUAAUCUGCCUCUCUGUAUAGAAAAAGCAGGUUUGGCAAACAAAGUGCCAGGCUCUUGUUGGCAUAAAAAAGGCAGUGGCCAUAUUCAUCAAAUGGCGAGUAAAAAUGGAUGGGCUUAGCUACAAACAACUCCCUAAAUGUUCAUACCAUCUUAACUUGCAUCUUAUCCUUUAUUAUUUAAAUAGGA